CUUGUUCACGAGCAGGACUAACAACUAAUUACCCAUGCGUGGAAUUUUGUGCUGGAUUUUCCUGAAAGCCCACUGCUCGUGAUUGACUAUAUUCACCAAGGCCAUUUAGUUCUAAAAUCAUGGCCCUUUGGCCACUCGACUCACUUUCAAUUCUAGAUGGACGGACAUACAGAUCACCCCUCCGUUCCGAACGGUAAUACCGUGCUUUACCGAGAACCCUUGAAUCCUAUCGACCCUCCAAACAGUCUCGGGCACAAUGCAGCCGCCCCGAAAAGACCAGAACCUCCAGUACGACGUUCACAGGGGGUGGCCUCCUCUCGAGAUCAGAGCCCAAUGGGUUUAACGACCAGGGAUACAAGGUUGGACUCGAACGGGGUUGAUGGACAUAACAAUGAUAUGAAAGGCCACAAACUCCUGAACAGUGCUUUGUUGCCUGAAAAUGCCAAUGAAACCACGAAAUCACCCGAUAAUGGAGCACGCAAGUCCCCUUCGAACGGACCUGAGAACGCACGCAAAGCAUCAGGGAGCGCAGGUCAGAGAGUGCCUUGGGGCACAACACCGGAUGGAUAUAAAGGCAUGGAAUCUCCUUCUCAUCCAGAAAAUGUGCUCAAAUUGUCGCCGGAGAAGUUACAAGACCUUACGGCCUCCCCAGAAUCAUUACCGCUUCGAGCUAUUGAUUCGACUGCGCAGCAUCACAAAGCCAGACCCAGUCCCCUUCCUUCUGCACAGCUUUCCGAUGUAUUCACAGAUGAAGGACCCGCGCCGGCGGUCGCAAUCCGUUCGCCUCUUCUUCCUUCAGCCGAUAUGGGUGACUCCAGGAGACCACGACAUUUAACCAUCGAGACUGGUGGCCGGCAGCGACAUCCCGAGAUCACACCUAGCCCAAGGCCCGGUCUCCUUCAGCGUGCCAUCUCAACACCUGGGUCGAUCAGAAGUCCUCAGUCGCCGCAGAAGGGGGAACGGGUCCGUCCAACACUCGUAGUGCCCGACGGUUCAUCACGCACUGAGGGCGCAGAUGGAAGGCGAUACUCAUCGUCUGGACGUCCAUUGCCCUCUCCAAUGCCAACAUCCAUCCCUCUUCCACCAUUAUCACUUCCGACUUAUCUGCAGCUGGAAUUGUCUUCUCAACGGCCCUCACAGCUAUAUAUUCACAGAUCUGCUGCCAGCGACUUCCCCUAUGAAUCAUCUCGUGCGAAGAUUGAAAGGCUCAUGAAUUUCCUGUUACUCCCUCCACACCUAGAGGGCGUGCUUUGGUUUGGUAUUCUGGCUUGCCUCGAUUCAUGGCUAUACAUCUUCACUAUACUCCCGCUCCGGCUCCUGAAAUCUAUCUACAUCCUCGUUCAAUCCUGGACUAUCAAUCUGACGACUGAAGUUCACUUUGUUUCCAGCUUUGUAUACCAAGGCACUGGUCGAAUGUGGAAGAGACGGCGAAGCAGCAUCCCUCCGAAUACAGGCCGGAAAGUGUCAGAACCAAGUGCCACGGAACCCAGGUCCACGCAGAAUGCGUCGUUACAGACUCGCAGGCAGAAUCGACAUCAUCGGCGGACAAAAUCAGUUCCUUCCGCGCUGCUACCGGAUGACAAAGCUGAUCUUUUGAGAGGCCUUUUGAUCCUCACCACCUGCACAGUCCUAUUGAGACUCGACGCCAGCAGAAUGUAUCACUGGGUUCGUGGACAAGCAGCGAUAAAGCUCUAUGUCAUCUACAACAUCUUGGAAGUUUGCGAUCGACUCUUCUCCGCGAUCGGACAAGAUGUUCUCGAAUGCUUGUUUUCUCGUGAAGCACUUGAGCGGAAACCGGAUGGCCAUAGCAAAAUCUUGCGGCCUUUCUGGCUGUUUGUACUUGCUCUUGUGUACACAGUCAUUCAUUCGGUGGCUCUAUUCUACCAAGUUAUCACGCUCAACGUCGCUGUCAACUCAUAUUCCAACGCCCUCAUUACACUUUUGAUGUCGAACCAGUUUGUCGAAAUCAAAGGCACAGUGUUCAAGAAAUUCGAAAAGGAGAAUUUAUUCCAAUUAACCUGUGCGGACGUGGUUGAGCGUUUUCAAUUGUGGCACAUGCUUGUCAUUAUUGCAGCUCGCAAUAUCGUUGAGACUGGAGGACUGAGCUCUGGACUCAGCGCAUUGAUGAACGCGGCUUCUGCGACAGCGUCAGCGCCGUCGGCUAGCAACAGCAGUCUGCCCUUGACAGGUGCAGUUCCUCCUAGGUCAGCGAGCUCGAUCUUACCAAGUUCUUUUACUCUCCUACCGGCAGUGGUCAACUCGAUAACUUCGUAUGCCCCGGCUGUUAGCCAGGUACUGGGACCAUUUUUUGUUGUGUUGGGAUCUGAGAUGUUGGUUGAUUGGUUGAAACAUGCCUACAUCAAUAAAUUCAACAACACACGUCCUGCGAUUUACGAUCGCUUCCUUGACGUCUUGGCCAAGGACUACUACACGAAUGCUUUUGGCGAUCAGAAUCUCACAAAAAGGCUGGGCCUUCCUGUUAUCCCUUUGAGUUGUCUCUUCAUCCGAGCAAGCGUGCAGACGUAUCAGAUGUUCAUGGCGGCAUGGGUUCCUUCAACUGCACCCAGUUCAUCGACCAGCCUGGCCAGCAUAUACGAAGACUAUUCAGCAGCACGGUCAUCCUUGCCUCUGAGUACAAGUGCAACCAUCUCCAGGACAGUUGAUGACAUCAUCCGAUCGAUACCAACGGUGAUCACAAAGUCCAGCAUUGUGACUCACAUGACGACUGUUCUCAUGUUCCUUUUACUGUUUUUGAUCUUGCUGGCGUGCAAGCUGGUCUUAGGAAUGGUCCUUCUAGCCUUCGCCAGGUCUCGAUACCACUCUAUGAAAUCACGGGAGAAGAACACUGUACACCAUGUAGAAGGAGGCCGUCGGGUAGGAGGUUGGGGAGUGGUCGAGGUGGACGAGGACAAAAGACGGUGGAUUUACGAAGACGAUGCUGCAGGUCUCCGGGCGCUGAGAGAAAAGGAAGAACGAGACAAGAACAAACAGCAAAAAGAAAAAGAGAGAGGGCACGGAGUAGAUGCCUUUGACAAAGUGAAACGAUAUGAAAUGGUGGCCAAGAGGAUAUGGUGAUGUGUACGGAGUUGCAUAGUGUCCCUUGCACAAUAGGCACUCCCUACAAGUAUCCGCACCCCGUAUUCCAUGCAAGAUAGUUCGUACUCUGAAGUAAAACUUGAUCAGCGGCGUUUUGCGGUCUAUGUUUUGGCUGCGGGCAAGAUCGGCUUCAUAUCCAUUCACAAACAAGCAUCCGAACGGGCACAACGGGUUCCUGCAUGAGCCGAUCGAAGGUCACGAAUGAGAGAUCGGGGGGCUGACGCGUGGCGUGUUUGAGGAUUCGGAUCCAGGGGAAGAAGAGACCAAACC